CCAUUGAUGCUUUCCAUGAGGAUCGUGCCCUCAUUGGAACACAUCCCCAAAGCCCUGUUGCCAACAGGCACCAUCAGCAGCGCCCCGCGCCAGUUUACCGUCUAUGGUCUGGAUGAUGAGUACCAGGAGGAGGGUAAGUUACUGGGCAGCUACACCUACCAGGAUGAUGAGGAUGCUCUACAGACUUAUCCUGUCACCGAGGAGAAUGAUAAAGCCUAUCAGAUCAUUGAGGUUCGGGUGCUGUCCAACUGGGGUCACCCGGAGUACACCUGCCUGUACCGCAUCAGAGUGCACGGUCAGCCCAGUGUCAACUGAGGGCACAGAGCAGACCACCCUGUCUACAUUUUAAUGUUCUGCAGAUGGCUGGAGCCAAUUAUGCAUAUUAUGCAAUGGUGGAAAAAGUGCCCAAUUGUCA